AAUACGCUUUGGAAAACUGGUAAAAACAAUUUGAAUAAUCAAAGCCGAGCCGAGUCUCGCGCGUCAGAGUUUUAUUUUUGUAAGCCUAAACCGGAAGUGAUCCGGUGAACGUCGCGAACUUAACGGAAGUCCGCUCCUCCUCCUCCUCCGGCGGUAGCUGAAGGAAUCUGUCUCAUUUGACUGAGCCGAGACUCAUCCUGUCCAGAGUUUGGUUCGGAACCGGAGCCCGGCACAGAGACCGACACGUCCCGGAGGUUAUCCCAGCGGGGAACAGAGCUGUAACAGCGGGGACACAGGCAGGAUGGCGGUCCUGGGCAGCGCCGGUCGCUGGAUUCAGUUGACGAGGAGCAGCGUGGGUCUGUGUGUGAGGAGACGCUCCACAGCUGCUGCUCUGGCUCAGAGCGCAGCUCCAGACACACAAGACAACAGGAAACCUAAAACUGGGAUCCUGAUGCUGAACAUGGGAGGACCUGAGAGACUCCAGGAUGUUCACGACUUCCUGCGGCGGCUCUUCAUGGACACAGACCUGAUGAAACUUCCUGUGCAGAACAAGCUGGGCCCGUUCAUCGCCAAGCGCCGCACGCCCAAGAUCCAGGAGCAGUACAGCCGCAUCGGGGGCGGCUCUCCCAUCAAACACUGGACCUCCAUGCAGGGGGAGGGCAUGGUGAAGCUGCUGGACCAGAGCAGUCCAGAGACAGGCAGCAGUCUGAACGCCAUCUACCGUUACUAUAGAAACCGAGGAGACCGGCCCAAGAUGAGGUGGAGUGUGAUCGACCGCUGGCCCACGCACCCUCUGUUGGUGGAGUGUUUUGUGGAACACGUCAGAAACGAGCUGCUGAAGUUUCCUGAAGAGAAACGAGACGACGUGGUGAUUCUGUUCUCUGCUCACUCUCUGCCCAUGGCU